ACCCCUUUUUCUCCGUGAUCCCCUUCCUUCUUUCUCCCCUCGCAUCCCACCUCUAACCUUCUCCUCCAUCGGACACUAGCAAAUUAGCGAUAGCCUAGCAUCGAGGAUCAUCUCGAACCGCACACCUUAUCUCAGCCACAACCAGCAACCAAAAAACGUUUGAUAAUCUGCAAGCUUUCAAUCUCUCAAAGCCGAUUUUUCUGCUUCCGCCAGAAAUUGUCCGUUGAAAUUGCCCCCUUCCCUGGUCUCCUUCCGCCGGCAACAUGACUAUAUCAGAGGAUGAGGACGAGAGUUUGGCUCAUUUCCUUGAAUCGGAGGUGCUCUCCGAGGUUUCAGAAGACAAGGAGGAGGAGGAGGAGGAGGAUGAGGUAACAGAGGCCCCCAAAGCAAAGAAAAUGCGACUAGUGGAGGAUACGGCUGAGAAAGACCCUCAAUUUCAGAAAAGCGCAUCUUCUUCCGGGUUUGUUCAGUCAAAAAGCGCCAUCGGCUGCAGUAGCAAUAGCGGGAACACGCCCGUGAGGAUUGAAACUGGCAUUUUCAGCAAAAUCCCUCCUGAACUCUUCCCUCACAUCCUCAAGUUCCUCUCUUCUGAAGAUCUAUUUGCUUGCUCUCUCGUCUGUAGAUUUCUAAGUCAUGUCGCAUCCGAUGAAUCCUUAUGGCGCCGCCUGUACUGUAUGCGAUGGGGUCAUUUGCCCCCUAGUAGAAAGCUGCGUGAAUGUCCAUGGAAAAAACUUUAUAUUCAGCGUGAUGAGGAGGAUACGGUAGAACUUGUUAGGAAUUGCACACUUGAGUUCAAGGAAUAUUUUAUUCAAAUGCAAGCUGCGAAAAGAAGCCAAGCACCUCUUCCUUCACAGGUGAAUGAUGACGGGAUAAUUCUUGACACAACAGUAGCUGAUCAAGUGUCUAUAUGGAAAAGUAGUAGAGGCCUAACUGAUAAGGCGGAAGCUGAUCAUGCUUGUUCAGGUGAAAAGUGCACUUACUACCAAAUUGGAGAUGUAUUUGUCUGUGAGAACACUGGCCAGGUUCAUGUAUGUGAUGAUAAUUGCAGAGAAGUUGUUAUGGAUCCGACCAAUGAGCUUUGGGUCUGCACAAUAUCUGGGCACUGUUUCGAUAGGCUCCUAUCACCAGAAGAAACGGAGUCAGAUGCUGAGCAGCAGCAAGGAGCUGUGACAGACGAGGCAGAACCAUUCAUGGGAUCUGGGCGCUUUGCAAGAGCUUAUAUGAUGGGAUAUAAUUGUGUUGAUGAGAAGGAGCUAGAGGAUGCUUUGAGAUUUGUCUGAACAGAAUACCACAGGUUCAUCUAGGUGGGAGUGAAAUUCUCGGGUCAGGUACACGUCACUCAUGCGGCUGGCGCACACAGAAAAAACGAGCAGGCCCCUUGCAUUUGGCCCCGCCCACCCCAAGACUGGAGUCACUUGGCUGAGUGGGAAGCCAGCCGCACCUCGUAAUCCUAGGUGGGUUGUCUUAAUUCUCAUGUAUCAAAAAAAAAAAAAAAAAAAAGAGCUUAAUCCUCAACUUUGUGUAUGCAUAUUACAUUAGGUAUACUGUUGUUGUAUUAUUAUUUUAUUAUUAUUAAAUACAGAUAGAGAUACAGAGUGGUUGAUGUUGCUGUCUAUUAGGGAAUUGCAGCUAAAUUUGCUUUGCUUUGCUAUGCUUU